GUCUCUUUGCAUGGUCGGAACGGAGGAGCGUGACGCCCAACGCGGCCAUGGCCACCUUCAUGGCACCAGGGUCCUUCUUCACCGUGGUGCACCUGAGUAUCGGCCAGCCGGGCGGGGACCUGAUGGGAGCGAUGCUCUUCGCCGACAGCACGCUCUCGUUCCUGGCCACGCUCGUGCUCCUCUGGGCGAGGCGAGCACUGUGGAGUCGUAGCUUCCACCCCAGCUAUGUGUCCUUCACCUUCCCCUUGGCGUCCACGGCCACUGGUGCAUUGUUGGUCCCAGAGCGCUUGCCCUUCAUGGCCUCUCCGCUGCUCAGUGCGUAUGGCCAACUGCUUCUGUACGUCGCCACGGCGGUGAUUCUGGCGGUGCAGGUGCGCUUCAUCUACUUCCUCAUCUCGCUUCGGCAGAAGAAGAAGUGAUUGGCGGGAAAAAGAGCCCCAAUGCUCCUCGCACAAAGGAUCGCAAAAGGGUUCGAAGCUUGGAUGAUCUUGGAUGAAUUGUGAACUCUCAGCAGGUCCGCGCGAAC